AGAGCGCAGCCACUUUCUCCUCUCCAUGCCAGCAGCGGCUGCUCCAGACUGGGAGCAAGACCUCGUGGAUCCGGACAGAAGCCCCUCCCCGCAUAUCAUCGCGCCAGGCGAUGGUCCUUUUAAUUUCAUUGUUGGAGAAGAAGCGACGCCCCGCUUCGCCACUGCAAAGGAUCAAACACCCCCUAUGAUCAGCACGACCCCCAGUUCUGUUCUCAUGGAAAUCAGAGCCUGCCUCCCGGCCACACUUUUCUGCAGAGAUGCAAAGUUGAAGCGCAUUCCCAGCCGGGACAACGGACCCUAACGAUGUCUUGGAGGAGCUGAUCGUUUUAUCCCUUUUCUCGUGUGCGCUUCUCUUUCGUAUCUUUUGCUCGCCGUACACUUUUCUUUCUCUCCCAACAUGCUGGAUUUGGCGCAGCGCGUGGUCUUCUGCGCGCUCCUCGGCUCCGUUUACGCGUCGUGCCCUCCGCGCUGCGAGUGCUCCGAGGCGGCUCACACCGUGAAGUGCGUCUCCAGAGACCUUCGGAGUGUCCCGACCGGGAUCCCCGGAUACACCCGGAAUCUGUUCAUCACGGGGAAUCAGAUCCGUCGAAUCGGUCCGGAGUGUUUUAAAGGGCUGGAUAAUGUGACGAACCUGUCUCUGAGCAACAACAGAAUUUCCGAGGUGGAGUCCCACACCUUUGCCGGACUCCGCAGCCUCCGCUCCCUGGAUUUGAGCAACAACCAGUUAGCAGUGGUUCACCCCGAAGCCUUCACUGUGCAGAACCAGUCUCUGCGGGACCUCAACCUGAGCCGAGCCCUCUACAACCACUCGUCUGUGAUGGACUUGGCCACGUCUCUGCGCUGGAGCUCCCUGGGGAUGCUGAAGGGACUGGACCUCUCCCACAACGGCCUCAUCUAUUUACCCUCGCACAUCUUCUCCCACCUGGGCAGCCUGCAGCGGCUCCAGCUUUCCAACAACUCCCUGGUGGCCAUCCACAACUCCACCUUCUCGGGUUUGGAUUGUCUGCAGGAGCUGGACCUGACCCUCAACGCCCUGAAGACGAUGUCCGAGGAGGGCCUGCGAGAGCUGGACUCCCUGCCCAGAGCCAAUCUCCUGCUGGGGGAAAACCCCUUCACAUGCACGUGUGGAAUCGAACCAUUUGCUCUGUGGCUCAACAGAUCACAGGGACGCAUUAGUGACGCCAUGGGCCUGGUGUGCGCCUUCCCAGCCAGCAUGAGAAACACAUCCAUGCUGGCUGUGGGCACGCUGACGCUGGGUUGCCACCAGAGCGGCGCGGGGGCGGACCUUGCUUUGCAGACCUCUUACGUCUUCUUGGGUAUAGUCCUGGGCUUCGUUGGCCUGAUCUUCCUCUUUGUACUUUAUCUCAACCGCAAGGGCAUCAAGAAGCGCAUCAAUGACUUGCGCGACGCCUGCCGGGAGGUGUGGGAGGGCUACCACUACCGCUUUGAGAUCGACUCUGACCCCAGGUUAUCACAGGUCUGCACGAGCGUUGACGCGUGAAAUGGACUCUUUUCUAAUCCAUUCAUCAGACUACAUCUACACUACGUUUUGAUUUAAAAAAAAGAAAAGAAAAAAGAAUAGCUUUUGUGAAGUUCAGGCCUCGCGUGCAAACCACUUUGGUGUUCCGGAGCCCGUCAAAAAGACAUUUGGAAACACUGCUGACACGUUUAUAUUUGAAAACUCGGUUUGCCUUGUAAUCUGGACGGGCACAAACAGAGACCUUUGGAAACGACAACGCAUGUCACUCAGUCUUAUGGGUUAGGUAGCUGACAUACAUUUCAGUAAUAGUUCCACCUCGUCAUUGGUCCAAGCUAAUAUGGAUGGAGAUUAUUUCUGCAACUGGAGCUAAAACUUGUGUGAAAACGCUGCUUCAAAAUUAAAACGUCGUAGCACAGAUAUAGCCUUUGUAGCAAAAUGUAAAAAGUGUACAGAUUUGUCUGUAAAUAUAUUCAUACAACAAUGUUAACAAUCUUUCAGCUUUGUUGUUUAAAGCAUGCACUGCUCCUUUAAUACAGCCACUCUCAGAUUGGUUUGUGAGUCAAAUGGACAUGAUUGUUGUACAGGGAGUUCCCGGAUGGACAUUUCUUAUGUUCUUGCCUGCUCCUUAUGUCCACACAAAGGCAACAGCAAGUGCCUAAAGUCAGCUAGGUGCUUGUUUCCUAAUCAGAGGGAUCUAAACUGAACUCACUCUCUACAUGGCUCAUUUGCAUUCAUCACUCUGUCAGAUCCUGUCUUCAUAUUUGGCACGUAGAAAA